CUCGAUUUGUGUUUUACUGCUUGUUAACGGCACCAGUUUCACCACAAUACCAAUACAGAUCCACUGACACAUGAUGGCUAAGACCGAAGCCGCAAGCAGUCUCCAUCUGAUGACUUCACAGCCACCUGACGGGCCAAAAUAACCAGCCCCUUGAACGUCUUAGUCUGUGCAGGGGGAUUUGACUGUUUUGUCUUGCCCAAACUGUAUGUAUCUGGCAAAGUAAUGUAGUUUGCCACCCAAAUUGGCUCAAUUUGGGGCUCCUAGGCUACUGCCAGUCCUGUUUAGCUCUGGCAUUAAGCCGCAGAAGCUUUCACCCCAAGAGAGGUAGUCGACUUUCCUUCCAGAGCUCGAGGCACACCACUGAAAAGGAAGACUGUAACUCUGGAUGAAGGCCCUGUCUUGAGGAGGAGAGGAGGACUUGGCUUCAGACAGCAUUUUGUGAAGACUGCAGACUGCUUGGAUCUUUCUUACCCCUUUCUUAGCUUGCAUUUGACUAGCCGAAAGCCAGUUUGUUUCAUUGGACAUGUGGAUGCUGCUAACUUGGUUUUUGUGUCCAUUUUGGAAAACCAUCUAGUUGUGAGACUUGUAGCUCAGGGGACCGGGCACAGCCAUGGAGGGUCUUGAGCAGCUUGACAUGGUGGGUGAUAUCAGCCCGGCUCUUGAGGCCACCGAGGACUUUAUCCACUGCAUAGACGGGAUACAAGGCCAAGGUCCGAGCCGAGCUCAAAUAGGGACCCUCCAGCCUUCCAGGAAACCCAAGCAGCUGCAGGAGGUGUCCAGUGCGGCGCUGGGGAAGCUGAGCUCCAGCGGCGUGUGGAGCCUGCUGGCCAGAGAGCAGCCAGAGGUGGGGCCUCUAGGCCUGGCCUGGGCCGACAACUUCAGCGUGUUGGGGCUGGGGAUGGGCUUAAGGCACGGCAAGAGAAGCCGAGCGCGCUCCACAAACGACCUGGCAGCCCAUUCCAAGGAGUGCACAAACAACACUGCCAACUCCUCGACCAACUCAGCCUUCAAGAAGGGACACAACCGGUCCAGGUCGGACGUCAACUACCGGCCGUCUGCAUACACGGACAACAGACUACCCACUGUGGACUGCAACACUCUGAAGAACAUGAUCCUCAACAACCAGCCAGAGGCUGACAAAAGCAGCAGUAGCAGUGUUUUGAAGCAGGGUGCGAUGGAGCAGCGUGAGGGGCCUCGGGGCCGCUGGACACCUUGCCAUGUCGAGCUGACACCCUGUGAGCUCCGGCUGUACAUUCUGGACAGCAGCGCCAACCGCCAGCUGGGCACCGCCUACUCUCUGUCACACUGCCAGAGCAUCAUCUCUCCAGCACCCUGCAGCCAGCCCGGCCAGAUCACCCAGCCUGCCGAUCAACGCACGCUCCAGGCUUUGUUCUUCAACAGCACGCGUCUCCAGCUGAGGGCAGCCAACCAAUGGGAGGCCAUGGAGUGGAGACGACUGAUGUGGGAGAAGGUGCAGGCAGUCAGACCUGGGAGGAAGGAGAACCACCAGCGUAAAACCGGAGUGGAAAAGCAACAGGUCGUCAAGUUUCCUGCACCCAUGUCACCGUCCUCGUCGCCCUCUCCGUCAGGGCUUGACACCCGGCCUGAUGGGGACAGCGACACCCCCACCUCAGCAUCACUCUCUCUCCAGUCUAAUUCUUUCAUCCUCAGCAGACCCACCACCCUGCCACUGUUCACCCAACGCUGCCAGGACGUCCUCAAAGCUAGUCUGCUCCACCAGCUGAAGGAUCAGAACAACUGGCGGGCCUUCAACUUUAUCCUGACCAGAUCUGCUCUCCGGGCCUUCCCUACCGAGGGCCGUGGGUCUGUGUCCCAGCCUGUUCUUCAGUACUCCCUAGCCUCCUGCUUGGCCGUGCGGCACGAUCAGGAGCCAGAGAACAGAGAGCCGUGGACAGAAAGAGGGGACUGCUUCCAGGUAGUUUUUCCCAAAGAGGUACUCAGACUUCGGGCGGACGAUCAGCUCAAGGCCCAGGAAUGGGUGACAACCCUGCGGGAGGCGGUCGGAGCGCAGAGGCCUACCCAAGAAGAAGGGGGAAAGUCGGGAGAAGGAACUGCAGCCCUCCAGGGAGUGCUGUUGAGAUCAAAACCACCCAGGGAGAGGAGACAGCGGGAGGCCCAGAGAGCCAAGCGGCAGUCCGUCACUACCAGUUUUCUCAGUAUUCUCACCUGUCUGGCUGUGGAGAAGGGACUGACUGCUCAGAGCUUCAGGUGUGCAGGUUGUCAGCGUCCAGUUGGUCUCUCCAAAGGAAAGGCAAAGGUCUGCUACUACAGCGGCUGGUACUACUGCCAGAGCUGCCAUCAGGACAAUUCCUUCCUCAUCCCAGCACGCCUGCUGCACAACUGGGACACCAGCAAGCACAAGGUGUCUAAACAGGCCAAGGAGUUCCUGGAAUUUGUGUAUGAGGAGCCCCUGCUGGACGUCCAGCAGCUCAACCCUUGUCUGUAUGAGCACUGUGAGCCUCUCAGCACUGUGCUGCGCCUCCGUCAGCAGCUCCAGUCACUGCGGGCCUACCUGUUUAGCUGCCGAGCAACCGUUGCUGAGGACCUCAGACGAAGGAUCUUCCCCAGGGAAUAUCUGCUACAGCACAUUCACCUGUACUCCAUUGCUGACCUGCAGCAGGUGAUUGAUGGAAAACUGGCUCCCUUCCUGUCCAAGGUGAUCAAGUUUGCCAGCUCCCACGUUUUCAGCUGCAGUUUGUGUCGAGAGAAAGGCUUCAUCUGUGAGCUCUGCCACAACAGACAGGUCAUCUACCCCUUCCAGGAGAAUGCCACCAAGAGGUGUGACGGCUGUGGCGCCGUGUUCCACACCGAGUGUCGACAGAAAGCUCAGCCGUGUCCGCGCUGCGUUCGCAGAGAGCUCCACCACAAGAGGCCGUCCUCCUUCUGGGCUCUGGACGACGACAGCCCCGGAUGCUUUCACCUGCCGUACCAAGACACCUGAGACACACAACAAACACACACACACACACACACACACACACACACACACACACAAAACAUAGCACACCAGACACACACACACACACACACACACACACACACACAGUUACAAUUAGGGCGCUGGACACUGGACAAAGUGCCUGUUUUUCUGAUUUGUGUGUCUAGAGGACAAAUUCUGUGACAGAGCUCAGGGCUCGUGUGUGUACCUGUUAACACAAACCUGAGCUAAAGUCCCUUUGUCCUACUGUAAAGAGCAGGGAGAAGACCAACUGAAAACGGCUGCACCAGGCUUUACAGACUGACCAACAUGUAUUUUGUAGUCAAACAUCACACGUCAUGGUCAUCCUCCGCCAUCUUCAUCCAUUUUCCACCUCACUACUUUCACUUAUUCUAAAUCACAGCUGAUAAACUGGAGACAUUCAAAGUAAUAGUUGGAACAUUUUGGUGGUUUAUUCUAACAAAAGUCUUACAGCACAAGUCUAGUGAUGAAGCUAUUAUGAAUGAAUGAACAAUUUCAACAAUUGAUUAAAAGGGAACUGACUAAUCUAAUCUACGCCCCACUCAUGUUGAGGCAAUACUGUUACCAAAACUAUUUCAGUAUGAAACCUUGACACACUGUAGGGUUGGGAGAUGUUUGUAACAAGUUUGUAGUUUCCUUCUUUAUAGAGAAAAGCAGCUGUUGUCACCUUGGAAUAAAAUAUUAAAAGGAUAAGUGCUCAUUUUUUCAAGUCUGUCUUAAAACAAUAGUUGUGCUCAUAUGAGCAAUGAAACAGAUUUUGCUGGCUGUAAUAAUUAUUCCUGUUUAUACUAGCCAUUAAAAGAUCCCUUUCUAAAUUGAUUUCAAUGUAAGUUAAUAUGAAGCUUC